AUGGAUUUAUGGACAAAAUCAUAUGGGUUAAAAUAAUAAAUAAAAGAAUUUAGUCAAUAAUCUAAUAAUUCGUUAAUUUCAUAGUAAGAACAAUAAGAGAGAUUAAUUAGUGAAUUAGAUGAGUUGGAAUUUGAGGAUAGAACAUAUAAUAUGUAUGAAUACUAUUACAAUGUUGCUAUUGCUACAAUAUUAGUAAUAUAUAUAUUUUAUCUAAGAAUAAAUAAAAAAGAAAAGGCAAAGAGUUAUUGAAUUAAUUAGCCGAUCAACUUUAGGAAUCAUUUGAAACUACAAUUCGAGAUUUUCUUGCAGCAUUAGACUCAACUUAAACUAAAAGUGCAACCAUUUUUCCCUAUUCAAAUAGAUUAUGCUGCAUUUUCCCAACUUUAAAAAUUGGGAAUUUAGAAACCAGACUUUCCUUUUGUUUGCCUAGAAUAACUCCUCCAUCUAUGAAUCCAGAAUUUGAUAAUAAAUUAAUUGAAGGAAUUCAAGUAAUUCUAAUUAUUCGAUUACAAUAGUAUAGUCUACAGACGUGGACAACAAACCGGAGGCACCAUGGAUUAGAAGAAAUCCUGAUGGAGUGAUAUUUACAGAAAAUGUACAAUAGGUUGAAUUAGAUUUAAGAAGCGAAAGCUAGAAAUCAUAAAUUGAUCACAAUUAAGAAGAAGAAAAUGAUGAUGACAAUUCAGAAUAGUAAUUUUAUUAAUCCUAUAUCUAGACAUUAAAUUUCCAUUAAUGAUGAUAAAAUCACUAUAGAAUAACGACAUUAGGAUGAUUCAACAACAUAUCAAACUAACUAUAAAAAAGAUAUUGAAUUACUUAAGUAAUAACUGAGACUUGAUAGAAUUGUUGAACAACGAUUAGCAAAAUUAAAAUGA